GGCUACGGCCGGGAAGGACCGCAAUCACACAUCUUGCGCCGGAGGAAACGCCGUGACGGUAUAUAUCCAUUGUGGCGGCACGAAAGGAGAUUCACCCGGUGGAAUACUCCUUCUGUGGUACGGAGUGUAUGGCACUCGUACAGCGCACUUACUUGCUGUUGUGUUAUGUGGGACUCUCCCUACGGCGGUGCUUGUGGCACACAUCCACUGACAUGGUACAAGUAGCGAGCAAGUCUCCGGCAUACGAGGUAUUUCUCCGCCGGCAAUGCCAUGUCAACCCACGAUUCAAGUUUCGAGUCAUUGAAACGUCGCACAGUGGUGAGAUCUUACUCGGAAGUGUGACACGCAGAGGUACGUGGAGUGAGUGCGACUGCGACUGGAAGAGAGCUGGCAUAAUAACCUCGACGCCUGCCCUGAUUCAGUCCAAAUCACUCAAGCCACCUCGAUACUCUAGCCGAGUACCUGGUCCUCUCGCAUCGCAGCUGCGAGUGAGCAAAUGCUCGAGCUUGAGACAGUGAGGCAAGACCCGAACCCAAAUGCACAUAUCGUUCAACAAGUAUUGCCAUACUACAAUAUGCGCGGUGCCAGCCUUGUUUUCACGGUGUAUAAAUCCACCGAGGACAAAUUGUGUCUCAUAUAUCACAAAUAACAAGGCGCCCUCUCCGCUCGGUCCGCAUACACACAACCUUGACAUCCACAGGCAAUCCCAUAACGGUAGAAAUAGAAAUGU